GUUUAUAUAUGCUUUGUUGGCCUUUCAGACAGUCCCUGUGGGUUGCACCACUGAGAAGUAGACAGUUUCAUUGCUCUGCCAGUGGAAAAGGGAGAGAGAAGAGGAGGAAAGGCAGUCGGUGCCUCUGGGAAGAAGUCAAUCAGUGGAGCUGUUUUGGCAGAGUUUGAGAGGAGAUGUAUGGGCUGCUGUGUGAGAGCCUCCAUGACUUUAUCAAGGAGUCCUAUGGAGACGAUGUGUGGAAGCUGGUCCGGGAGAGGGCGGAUGUCAGGCUGCACUCCUUUGUCACUCAUCAGGUGUACAGUGAGAGUGUGAUUCCGCGCAUCGCAAAGGCAGCCAGCGGAGUGACAGGAACACCUUACAAUGAGCUCAUGAACUCCUGGGGUGUCUACUUCCUCGGCUUUGUGGGGAAGUAUGGAUAUGACAGGAUUUUGAAGGUGUUGGGUCGUCAUGUGCGUGACUUUGUGAAUGGCCUGGACAACCUUCACGAGUACCUGCGCUUCAGCUACCCAAAGGUCCAGCCCCCAACCUUCUUCUGUCAGGAGGAGUCUGCUACUGGAGUCACUCUGCACUACAGGAGCAAACGUAAGGGCUACCUGCACUACGCCAUGGGGCAGCUGAGGCAGAUGGGGAAACAGUUCUACGACACAGAUAUUCACGUGGAGGUGCUAUCUGAGCAGAUGGUCGGAGAUUAUUCUCAUGUCACUAUGAGGUUGAACUUUGACAACUCUGCAUACCGCUACAUCAUGAAGGAGGAUGAAGAGGAGCAGGAGAUUUUGCCAAUCACGUCAGAUUUUUUCUUUGAGGUCUUCCCUUUUAAUAUAGUCUUUAGACAGGACAUGGUGGUGCACAAUGUUGGCUCUGGACUGGCCACUGUCUUCCCUGAUUUGGAUGGGAAAAAGAUCAAUGAUGCAUUUUUGCUGGCUCGACCCCUAGUGGAGUUUACAUGGAACAUGAUUAUUUCCCAUCCCAACAACUUGUUUGAAAUCAUGUCCAAGGAGCCGGUGAAGAGGGAGAGGAACCUGCACAACCGUGUCCAGAGUAAGAGGGGCAGCCAUGUAAACCCUCGCAUCGAUUCAGACUAUGAAAAUGUAAACCGCUCGGCCGAUGUUGACGUGGAGCUCAUGGCUUUCCAAUCCAUCAUUGGAGAUGAUUACAAAGACGGUAACAGCGCUAAUGCGAUGGAGAGCUGGGGUGAUGGCAGCCGCUGCCUCAAACUCAAAGGACAGAUGAGAUACAUGCCUGAAUGGGAGUCCAUCAUCUUUCUGGGAACGCCUGUUAUGGAGAGUCUGAGUGCUAUGUUCAAAACAGGUCUAUACAUCAAUGAUCUUAGUAUGCACGACUCCAGCAGAGACCUGGUGCUGGCUGGAACUCAACAGUCUGAGGAGCUGAAGAGAGCACUCAUACAGGAGCAGAAGAAGUCCAGUAAGUUGGAGGAGAGCAUGAAGAUGUUGGACUAUGAGAUGAAGAAGACCGAUGAUCUUUUGUACCGGAUGAUUCCUAAACCAGUGGCUAAGAGGCUGCGCAAAGGAGAGCCUGCUGUCAACACAUGUGAGGUGUUUCCGGAUGUGACCAUUCUGUUCAGUGAUGUUGUUGGGUUCACUCGUAUUUGCAGCCACAUCACCCCCAUGCAGGUGGUCUCCAUGCUCAACACCAUGUACACGCUGUUUGACACUCUCAGUGAGAAGCACCGGGUCUUCAAGGUAGAGACUAUUGGAGAUGCCUACAUGGUUGUUGCUGGAGCUCCAGAAAAGACCAAAUAUCACGCCCAUAACAUCUGUGACAUGGCUUUAGACAUGGUCCGCUCCAUUGACCACCUCAAAGACCCCUCUAAUGGGAACAACAUACAGAUCAGAGUUGGUAUCCACUCUGGGAUGGUAGUAGCGGGUGUGGUGGGUCAUAAGAUGCCCCGGUAUGGUCUCCAUGGUGACACUGUCCACACUGCAUCUGCUAUGGAGAGCAAUGGGAAGGAAAUGCAUAUCCAGCUGAGCAGUGCCACCUAUGAGCACCUCAAAGGAAGCCACUUUAUUUUUGAGAGGAGAGGAAUCAUUACCAUCAAGGGAAACGUGGAGAUUGAGACAUACUGGCUGAAGGGGAAGAGGGACAAGGAUGGUAACGCUCAGGCAGCUUGUCCACAGUUCGAGACCCAGACCAUCAGUAAAGCCAUCAGCAAAGCCACUAUCUCCGACCCCGAGGCCACAGGGGAUGAGGAGGGGCUGGUGUUCCCGCUGGUGGCCGGGGAGGACGAGGAUGAUGUGAAGUCUAUUCGCUCCCACCGCAUCAAGAUGGAGAUUUCAGGCAAUUCUCUGGAGGAGUCGAUAGAGGAGAGCCACUUGGAAGAAAUGUCUGUGCAUAAGUCCCACUUUAAGGAUACGCUGCAGGACCGGCUGGAGGACCCCCACUUGGAGAUGGACUCCCCCAUGUCGGAUGGACGAGACUCUCUGAUGCACUCACGCAGCAGCUCCUGUGACUCCCGUGGCUCCAAAAGUGCAAUGUGCUCUGUCUCCUGAACUAAGGCCAGAGAUUGAUACUGCUAUUUACCCUGUUUGUACCUCUUACUCAACGCACUGACUGUUAGGAACAUUACAUACACUGUGCUAAAGUCCUAGGCAGGUUUAUAUGGCCAUAACAAUAAUAAUAAUUAAUAAUACAGCUUUUUUGGGCACUCAAAGAUGCUUUAGAAACAAAUAGGAAGCAACAGGUAAAAAAAACCUGUAGAAAACAGCGGCGGAAACCAUGGGGGGAAUUCCAGCUUGAACAGGUGAGUUUUUAGUAGUGAUUUGAAGUGCUGCAAUGAGUAAAAUACUGUGUUCAGUGUACACGUAAAGGUGCAUUAUUAACUUUUCUUUUCUGCCACCUGUUUACCUCUAUGAAGAUGUUAUCGUUUUGCCUAGAAUGUUCAAUUACAGAUGCUUUUAUUGUUGGGAAAUACAUAGAAUACAUGCAGUCACGUUGCCUUGUACAGAUCUGACUUGUAACUUGGCCUGGUGUCUACUUGUCUCCCUGGAGAUAGAUAAGUUUAAUAUUAUACGCAGAAACAUUCCAAACAAAGCAUUAACAUCUCUAAGUAGACAAACAAGUACCUCCCCACCAGAAAAUGUACAUAGUGUAAAAGAAAAAAACCCACAAAGAUUCAUUUGAAAAGGCCAAACAUCUGCACUAUAUCUCACAAUGCUAAUGAAGAUAUAUUAUUAAACCUGUCUAAAACUUUUGCACAAUACUGUAGCUGUGUUCAACUUCACGCCUUAUUAAAUCCAUAGGCGACUGAAACCCUUUAUAGCAUAGUACCUAACAAGUUUGUACUCAAGAUAGUACUAAAUGCUAGAUGCCUCUUGUGGCUGUUUGUGGUGUCAAAUUGCACAACAAUAACAUCUCUGUUCAUAUGUUUGGAUAAGCAACAAGCUGAAGGUGAAUAUUUGUUUUUCAGAUUAGACCCUGACAUUUAUCACUACUUAGAAAAGCAAUGGAAAUGUCAGUAGCACAAAUGCACAUUGUAAACGCCACUGUAUCAGGAGUUAUUAUUGUACUUGGUUUCGGUGGACACAGUGUAUUUCCUUUAUACUUCAUUCUGCUGCCACUGUGCACAAACAUAAUCCUGUAUUCAAAUAGCAACACGUUCUCCCAUCGUUGUUUCAUAUCAGCCUUGUCAAAUCACAAUGUAAACAAGUGCCAGCGCCGUGAAAAUAAAGUGUGAUGAUGGCUGAAAGGUGUUUGGAUCUUUGUGUUACUGUCACUCAAAUGAGCGCUCUUUUACUGCCAUUAAACUGACACUGAAUACACAGACUGUAAUUUAUAAU